GUUCCUGUUGCCGGCGUGCUAUUUUUAUUUCCUCCUUUCAUUAUUUUAGUAAACAAAGACAUCGGCGGUUCGGUGGCAGAACGUUUUUGCAGUUGAACGUUUCCGCAAAAAGAAAGCAGCUGAUUAUACCGUGAUGGCAGAAGGUGAACCGCAGGUGCAGUUCAAGUUGGUACUAGUGGGUGAUGGUGGUACUGGGAAGACAACAUUUGUUAAGAGGCAUUUGACAGGCGAAUUUGAAAAGAAGUAUGUGGCUACGUUGGGAGUAGAAGUUCAUCCUUUGGUAUUCCACACUAAUCGUGGUGCAAUCAAAUUUAAUGUUUGGGACACGGCAGGCCAGGAGAAGUUUGGAGGUUUGCGUGAUGGCUAUUACAUUCAAGCUCAGUGUGCCAUCAUCAUGUUUGAUGUGACAUCACGUGUCACUUACAAAAAUGUCCCCAACUGGCACAGAGACCUCGUUCGUGUCUGUGAGAACAUCCCAAUUGUACUGUGUGGCAACAAAGUAGACAUCAAAGAUCGUAAAGUCAAAGCCAAGUCCAUAGUAUUCCAUAGGAAGAAAAAUCUUCAGUACUAUGAUAUUUCUGCAAAGAGUAACUACAAUUUUGAAAAACCAUUUCUUUGGUUAGCCCGCAAACUUAUUGGUGAUCCCAAUUUAGAGUUUGUUGCUAUGCCUGCAUUGGCACCACCAGAGGUUUCCAUGGACCCAACCCUGGCAGCACAGUAUGAACAUGACCUUAAGGUCGCUUCCGAAACUGCUCUACCAGAUGAAGAUGAUGACCUCUAACAAGUUCACGUGUAUCUAGAUAAGGUUUCCCUCAGUGGCGUUCUUGUUUUGUUUUGUAAAGGGAAAAAAAAAGCCCAAGAAAGCCAAAAGUGCACUCGCAGGGUCAACUGCUUUAAACGUACCUUUUUUGGGAUAAGCGGGAGGAAAGGAUGUGCAAAUGAAAAAAUCCGACUUUGGACACCUUUUUAGAUCCAUUUGUUUUCAACUUGUGUUUCAGAGGUGUCCCAUGGUUAUUAGUUCCUGUGUGUUUUAAGCCGAGCUGUGUCCCAGGUCCCCCAGCAUUUAAAUAUCCUAACACUCGUUCUUUAGGUGUUCAUAGAAGUAGGAUAAACUCCAAAAGCCUGUCUGACGCCAUCUUUUACAUUCUGAGGCUGGACUCUGUAGUGCAAGUUAUGAUGCAAACCUGUUGCCAAAGACUAAAGUCGUGUCUAAUACAAUCUGUCGCUGUCGAGAAGCACUUCAACUGUUACAGUGUGAAAUGUAUUUUUGAUUUCUGUCAUUUGGACUUUCACACUUCUGGCAAAAAUUCAUGGCCAAGCUGCUCUGGUUUUUUUGUAAUUAUUGCUGAAAAUGAAAUGUAUAGUGUUUUGGUGUGUAAAAUAAUAAUAAUAAAAAAAUCCAAACCAGUAGAAGUCCAGCUCUUCAUCAGCAGUUACUGCAGGCAGUGAGUGUACGCUUGAAAUUUGUAACAUUUGGUUUUCAUGAUUUUUUUCCAAAACAUUUAAACUACACAUCUAGGUUUAUUAAUAUUUGUUCUUUGCUCUAGUGUUUUAAAAUUUUAUUUUUAUCUAGUCGAAGAUAAAUUAAUAAAGCAAUUGUUUCCACAUUA